GUCGAGCCCGAGCCGUCCACACGAAGCGUCCCGCGCACUGCCGUGACCAGCCCAGACCGAGCAGCAGAGACGUCCGCGCCAGGCAUGUCGGCGGUCGUGGCCAACCUCCCCGCGCCCGCGGUCACCGCGCCACACGCCAUCCUGCUGACCCCCGGCGACGCGGGUGGCGCCUCCGGCCGCGGCAAGCUCUUCUUCCAUCCUUUCUUCCCGCUGCUGCACUUCAUGCACUUCCCGCACCUGUUCCUGGGCGGCGGCCUCGGCCACCACCACGGACUCGGCGGCUUCCACCACGGACUCGGCGGCUUCCACCACGGUCUCGGCGGCUUCCACUACGGCGGCCUCGGAGGCUUUCACCACGGCCUCGGCGGCUUCCACCACGGGCUGGGCGGGUUCCCGUUUCGUGCGCUUCCCCCGGAACUGAAGAGGAACGUCCUGGCUGGCACCAACGGCGGCGCGCAAAAGGACGAGUCCACACCUCGGGCGACGACGACAGUGUCGGCGUCGUCGACGACGCCCCGGCCGGCGCCGCCUCCCAGUCCGCCUGGUACAACCCGGUUGGCGCCACUACCCGAUCACUCUCUGCCGCACAGCCCACCGCCGCCCUUCAAGGCCUUCAUCACGCCGAAGAGGAAGGUGGUGCCCGUCUUCCCGGUGUCGGCCUACCGGCUGCCCGCCGCGCUGCCCCCGCCGGUGCCCGCCUACGCGACCCACACCGGCCCCCUGCGCCUCACCGCGCCCGGGCCCGCGCCCGCUGCAGAGCCGGACAUUUACAACUUCCUCUACGCGCCCGUGAGAGGCCUCCCCCACGCCUACGCGCAGAGAGCAGAGUCAUCCUCCGGAGCCCCGGCGGCGAGCGCGUCCGAAGUCCCGACAUCGGUGUCGACCCCGGCACCACCCGACCAGAACGACGAGAACCUGCCGCUGUGCGAGUGCCCCGAGGAGGAGGACGCCGCGUCCAGGGUGGAGCUGGACCACUCGCCGCCGGCUGAGACCACCGCCGGACCGCCAGAGAGCCCCGAGGCGACCGAGCUGACGACGGAAGAGGACGUCACGACCACCGAGUUGGCGACCACCGUCGCCGACGACUGA